AUGGAAGCCCUGACCCCUGACAAGGCCCUGCAGCACAACCCUUGCUCGGCGCUGGUGUCUGCUGGUGCCACCGACGGAAAACCUUGGGAAAACGGGAAAAAUGGGAAUGCAGGACAGGGCCGGCAGAAGAACAUCCUGGAUUUCUUUGGGAAAUCCCAGAAGCGACAAGCGGGCGCCGGUGGGAUCAAAGAGGAGCCGCGGGAUCCCUUUUUCCCAGGAGCUGACGAUGCCUUCAGCAGCCACACGGACCUCAGCAGCGACUCCUCAGCUCUCCUGGAGGACGAGGACUUCGUGCCAGCUCCCAGGGGAAGAUCCAGGAAGCGGCCCCUCGCCGCUGCAACCUCGGGAAUUCUCGAUCCGGAGCAGGAUUUGUGGGGGGAGCCCGAGGAGAAGCCGCCGGUUCCUCCGGAGCUCGGCCAGGUCAAGCAGGAACCGGAUGACGUGGAAGUGGAGCCAGUCCCUGAUCCCCACUACGGACUCCUGGGCACUCGGAACUGGGAAGAGCCUCAGGGAAACCUGGAUGAGCUGCCUGUGGAAGUCCUCAGGCACAUCUUUGCCUUCCUUCCCGUGGCUGACCUGUACCAGAACCUGAGCCUGGUGUGUCGCUGCUGGAGGGAGAUAGUCAGGGAUCCACUGUUCAUUCCCUGGAAAAAGCUGUACCACCAGUACCUGAUGAGGGAGGAGUCGGCCCUGCGCAGAGUUGAGCAGAUCCUGCAGGAUUUCUCCAUCACAAAGGGGCAGGAAGGAUGUGUCUUGGGGCUGAUCAGGUUGGUGUCGGCCACGCCCGUCAGGGGGAACGUGGAUCCCGGCGCGGUUCUCCGGUGUUUGGGAAGCCACCACCUCUUCUCCAAGGCCCAAGUGUGCGUGGCCAACAAGCUGCCCCAUCUGCAGAGCAAGACAGGGGCUGAGAACAUGUGGGCCAUCAUUGCAGUCAUGGUGCUGUUCUCCGACAGCGUCGGCGACAUCCAGGGGCUGCUGGAAUGUCUGAGGAGACCCCGCUCCAACCUCUCUGUGCUGGAGGUGACCGAGGUGCUUUACUGCAUUGCCACGCUCCUGUUUGCCAUGAGGGACAGGAAUGUUCCCAUCACCAACAGGAUCCAUUACAACGUCUUCUACUGCUUGUACCUGAUGGAAAACUCCUCUGGAGCCGUUGGGAAUGUGGAAGAGGAAACGCUGGCUUCGCGCUGCAGGCAGGACUUGUGGUCCAGUUGGGGUGAAAUAAAACUGACCCACGAGCAGCAGAGGAUUUUGAAUCACAGGAUUGAGCCCGGGCAGAUAGUGAAAAUUAUGGCGUUUGCAGGGAUCUGUGCUGGAGCAGUUCCUGAAGGACUGACCCCGUGGAAUAAAGGGAUCUGUGCUGGAGCAGUUCCUGAAGGACUGACCCCAUGGAAAACAGGGAUCU